AUGUCGAAGGAGAAAGAAGCUUGUAAUGAAGAGUUGAAGCCAGCAGAAAGUUGGCGCGUUUUGAAAAAUGUUAUCGUUAUUAGCAUAGCGUUUAUGUUACAAUUCACAGCGUACAGCGGUGCAGCGAACCUGCAGAGUUCCAUAAACGCGGAGGCUGGUCUGGGCACCGCGUCCCUGGCGGCUGUGUACGCCGGCCUCGUGUUUUCCAACAUAUUUCUGCCCGUUGCUGUAAUAAAAUGGCUCGGCACGAAAUGGACGAUGUCACUAUCGUUUCUAACGUACAUGCCGUACAUCGCCGCGCAGUUUUACCCGCGCUUCUACACCAUGAUCCCAGCGGGACUCAUCGUUGGUUUCGGAGGAGGACCUCUCUGGUGUGCCAAGUGCACUUACUUGUCUGUGGUGUCAGAAGCGUAUAGCAAGAUAUCAAAUAUAUCUGCCGAGGCCUUGCUUGUAAGAUUCCUUGGUCUAUUCUUCAUGAUAUUCCAAAUGAACCAAGUCUGGGGUAACCUCAUAUCUUCCUUGUUGCUAUCGUCCGGUGAUAACUCAGCGGCAGUGACGUCAGUUAAUGCCUCCAUGAUCCCGAUCCUGUGCGGCGCCAACUUCCUGCCCAGCUCUGAUGCAGAAGAGGCUCUUCCGCCGCAGCCUCCUGAGAAGAUACAGAUGCUGUCGGGCAUAUAUCUUGCAUGUAUGGCAGCCGCGUCUAUACUUAUUGGAGUAGGCGUUGACUCUAUGAAGAAGUAUAACUCCUCAAGAACCGGCUCCGGCGGAGGUCUCUCAGGGUUUGCGUUACUGGCUGUCACUCUGAAGCUCCUGGUGGAACCCUACCAGCUACUGUUGGUCACCAUUAACAUAUUCAUCGGUUUGCAGCAGGCGUUCUUUGGCGCCGACUUUACCGCGGCGUUUGUGUCGUGCGCCGUCGGUACCGGCUCGGUCGGGUUUGUGAUGAUGACGUAUGGACUGGCGGACGCAGUAGGAUGCGUCGUCACAGGAUAUCUAGCUAAGAUAACCGGUCGCCUACCGCUAAUCUGCGCGGCGACGCUCGUGGACCUGGCCUUGUUCGCUACCACGCUGCUGUGGGCUCCUCAAGCUGGUUCCGCGCACGUGCUGUACAUCAUCGCUGUGUUAUGGGGCUUCUGCGACUCCAUAUGGCUCGUGCAGAUUAAUGCGUACUACGGAAUCCUCUUCCCCGGCAAAGAGGAAGCAGCUUUUUCAAACUUUCGACUCUGGGAGUCCGUGGGCUACAUUAUCGCGUAUCUCAUAUCUCCUUACUUUAGAACCAGCCACAAGACCUAUCUCAUGCUAACACUCAUGGUAGUUGGAGUCCUCUGCUACUUCUACGUGGAGUUUAAAGAGCGGAGAAGAAAGAUGAAGGUAGAGAAGAAAGAAGAUCUGUGUUACGCUACUGGUUGUGAUAAUGUAGCGUUUCAGAAUAUAGAGUAACGUCUUUAAUUAUAUAGUAUGUAUAUAACUUGAGAUGAUUUCAAUGUUGAUAAGUUUAAUGUAAAUAAAUUUAAAUGAAAAUAUUUAA